UUUUUUUUUCCAUAUUUUCGUUCUGUUAUUCUGUUUGUUAGUUUUUCCCCUUGCUGAGGGAGAUUUGUUGAUGGUAUCAUUGGAGGCUGGUGAUAUGGUAUGAUGUGAUGUGAAUCGAUGUUAUCUGCUAUGUGUACGGUUUCGUUGUAGAUUCGUGGAACUGCAACUUGCAAUUGCCAGAAAUCGUGCUCGGCACGAUAUCUUUGUUCAUUGGUUAGGAAUUGUAGUUGCUGGUCUUGAAGUGUGCUAGGGAGAAUUACACGCAAUUUUGACUGGCGUUUGAAAUUAUGCGAUGAUUUCAAUAUCUGUUCUGAGUUCUAGGGUUUCGUCGCUGCGUUUCUUAACCGUCUUUGAGAAUCUUCUCCUGGAAAUGGCACACGUAGUAAUCUGAGUCCAAGUCGCGUUCCAUGUUUAUUGUUUGGACUCCUGUCUUCACAUUGUUAUUGUUGGAGGUAUCCAUUUGUGCCUAAGCACUUCGUGACUGAGCCUUUUGCACACUUUAGUUCAGAUGCACCUACGCCAUGGUGCCAAAGGCGGACGUACUACUUAAAUAAUGGCGGAGAAAACAGUGGAGAAAUCUAGCAUUUUGGAGAGGAAGGCCAUCAUAAAGAAUGCCGACAUGACUGAAGACAUGCAGCAGGAUGCCAUUGAAUGUGCAACUGCGGCUCUCGACAAGUACAAUGUGGAAAAAGAUAUAGCAGCCUACAUCAAAAAGGAGUUCGAUAAGAAGUAUAAUCCAACCUGGCACUGCAUCGUCGGGCGCAACUUCGGCUCAUAUGUCACUCACGAAACAAGGCAUUUCGUUUAUUUCUACCUAGGCCAGGUGGCUGUGCUACUUUUCAAGUCUGGUUAGAAAUCAGAGUGCGUCAUGGAAUUAGGGCUCCGACAUAAAAACCUUGUAUUUUCGUGAAGUAGAAGCAAACUUUAGUUGGUGUUCUCAUAAGAAUAUUGCAAACACCUAACAAUGACGAAAAUCUUUCAUCUUUUUUUCUCCUCCA